AGUUUAAAUGUUGCGGUGUUAGAGGAUAUCGAGACUGGUUGUACUCUUCAUGGGGACGCGAUACUCCCGAAAAAACUGAACUCGGAAUAGGUUAUUCGGAUAUUGGUAAGGUACCCCGAUCAUGUUGCAAUGAACAGGGUAUACGCGAUUACCCAACUGAUUGUGGAUUAACUUUCGACAAGUUGGAACUUUGGACCUACGAACCUUUUAUUUAUUCGAAGGGUUGUAGUGAAGCAAUUCAUGAUGCAGCCAAUAGUCACCUGGAUAUUGCAAUUAUGGUCUGCGUUAUUAUGGGUACUACUGAGUUAUUGGGUAUGUUUCUAACGAUGUUGUUGUGCUGCUGGCUAAACGUUGAACAACGGCGAAAAGCAAGCUUGUAAAAAAGUGUGGUUGACCAGAGAAGAAAAAGAGAACUUCUGAUACGA